AUGGAUAAUAUAAUAUUUCGCGUAUUUAUAUGUAUUGUACUUCUUAUUCAACCCCAUGUUACAUUCUACAUUCCCGGUGUAGCACCACUUGAUUUUGCAAAAAACGAAGAAGUUGAAGUUAAAGCUGUUAAAAUGACAAGUACAAAGACACAAUUACCAUAUGAUUAUUAUGAUGUAGCUGUUCAUUGUAAACCAUCCAACGGAACAAAAUAUAAAUCAGAAAACCUUGGUGAAAUUCUUCGAGGUGAUCGAAUUGUUAAUACAAAAUAUAAAGUAGCAAUGGAUGUUAAUGUUCAAUGUCAAACACUUUGUCAUGAUAUUAAUUUAUCGAAAGAACAAAGUGCUGUACUUGGAAAACGUAUACGAAAUAAUUAUUAUGUUCAUCUUCUUGUGGAUAAUCUUCCGUGUGCAACGAAAUUUCAAAAUGUUGAUACACAUGAAAUCUUAUAUGAACAUGGUUAUCGUUUAGGAAUGCAUACAAAACAAAGUGAUGAAACAUUUAUAAACAAUCAUUUAGUUAUCAAAUUAUUCUAUCAUAAAGAAUCUGAUGAAGCUUAUCGGGUUGUUGGUUUUGAAGUUGAACCAAAGAGUAUUGAUUCAAAACGUAUAGCUAUUAAGCCUGAUGGUACAUGUACAAUUGAAAAUGGUCAAGCAAUGCAAAAAAUUGAUCCAAAAGAAGAAAAUAAACUUUCAAUGACAUAUGAAGUUGAAUGGGCAUAUAGUGAAACACGUUGGGCAAGUCGAUGGGACACUUAUUUAGCAAUGACUGAUGUACAAAUUCACUGGUUUUCAAUUGUAAAUUCAGUUAUUGUUGUAUUUUUUCUUGCUGGCAUAUUAUCAAUGAUUAUUGUGAAAACACUUCGUCGUGAUAUUGCACGAUACAAUCAAGAAGAUUCAGAUGAUGUCACUGAAGAAACUGGUUGGAAAUUAGUACAUGGUGAUGUAUUUCGUCCACCACAUCGUAAGAAUGUUCUUGCUGCAUUAGUCGGAUCUGGUAUUCAGAUAUUCCUAAUGUCAUUUAUUGUUAUUGCCUUUGCUGCUCUUGGAAUGCUUUCACCAUCAUCACGCGGUGCAUUGGUUACCGCAGCUUGUUUUCUUUAUGUAUUUAUGGGGCUUGUUGCUGGAUUCUAUUCUGGCCGAAUAUAUAAAACAAUCAAGGGUUCACAUUGGAAACGAACAGCAGCUUUAACUGCUACAUUAUAUCCAGCAGUUGUAUUUAGUAUUGGCUUUUUUCUGAAUUUUUUCAUUUGGGGAAAACGUUCAUCGGGUGCUGUUCCAUUUUCAACUAUGCUUGCUAUACUUGUUAUGUGGUUAGGCAUUUCAUUUCCUUUAGUUUGUCUUGGCUUUUACUUUGGUUAUCGUAAACAACCUUAUGAACAACCAGUUCGAACAAAUCAAAUACCACGUCAAGUGCCUGAACAACAAUGGUUUUUACAUCCAGUAUUAAGUACUUUAAUGGCCGGUGUACUUCCAUUUGGUGCGAUGUUUAUUGAAUUAUUCUUCAUCUUUUCGGCUAUUUGGGAAAAUCAAUAUUAUUACUUAUUUGGUUUUCUUUUUCUUGUCUUUAUUAUUAUAAUCAUAUCCUGUUCACAAAUAUCAAUUGUUAUAACAUACUUUCAAUUAUGCGGAGAAGAUUAUCAUUGGUGGUGGCGAUCAUUUAUUGCAUCAGGAGGUUCAGCAUUCUAUGUAUUUGCAUAUUCAAUAUUCUACUUCUUUACCAAACUUGAUAUAACUGAAUUUGUUCCAACAAUGCUCUAUUUUGGUUAUACAUUCUUGAUCUGUUUUACAUUUUGGAUUUUAACUGGUACAAUUGGGUUUAUUGCAUCAUACAUCUUUGUCAGAAAAAUCUAUGCAGCUGUUAAAAUUGAAUAG